AUAAUAAUUACAAACAUGAUGUUUUAUCAAGUUUUGAUAGGUGUUUCGUGCAUUUCUUUCUGUGUGAUAUCAGUUGAUGCACUUCCAGGUUAUUUAGAAGCAAUACUAAAGCAUAAAUUGAAGGAUCUGAUUAUAAAUAAAGUCAAUCAACACGUUGACAAAAGUUUUAAAGACACGCUAGUUUUAACAUCAGUUGUAUUUCGACAUGGUGACAGAAUUCCGGAACUACAAACUGGCUAUCCUAACAAUCCGUAUGUGAAUGAUACAUUUUUUCCAUACGAUUAUGGUGAUUUAACUUUGGCUGGUCAAAGAACAUUGUACAACAAAGGACUCGAACUUCGCAAACGUUACAAUGACUUUCUAGGAGAGAUAUACUUUAAUGAUUUAGUAGAAUCUGUUUCUUCGAGUUAUAGACGAUGUCAGAUGUCGUUGCAAGCUUUGCACACCGGAUUGUUUGGAGGAUUAGAAGAUGUUCCUAUCAAAAACAUUUCAUGGCAUGCUGUACCUUAUUUUAUUAUACCACCAGAGCAGGAUAAUACUUUAUCUAUUCAAUUAACUUGUCCAUUUAUGAUGGACAACAUUAAAUAUCCAGAUUUGAACAAAAUAGAUGCUGAAACAAAGACGUUUUUUCAAACUUUAAAGCAAUGCUCAGGAUUUGAACAAGUUGGAUAUCGACAAGCAUUAUUAGUUUAUGAUUACCUAAAAACUUCAUCAGAACAAGGAUUACAAAUACCAGAUGAUUUUAAAAGUAUCUAUCCUGAACCGUUACGAAAAUAUGCCAUGCAAGAUUGGAACAUGUUUACUUCGCAAACCGUUGGAUUAAUUGGCCCAUUGGUAAAACUCAUUACUGAUAACGCUGUUGCUAAAGCUAGCAACACUUUAGAACCGCCGGGAAGGAAAAUGUUUCUCUACGCUGGUCAUGAUUUGAACGUUUAUUAUCUGCUGCAGGCUUUGAAUGUUUGGGAAGGCGAAGAGAUGUUAUACGGUGCUUAUAUCAUCAUUGAAGUGCAUAAUAUCCGAGGAACUUACGGAUUUAAAGUAUUAUUGCAAAAUGGCUACAACGAGCCUAGAUUGUUGAACAUUACUGGUUGUGGCACAUUCUGUCCUCUUUCAAAAUUUGUUCAACUCUCGGAUAACUUGAUGAAAUUAAAUCAGCAAAUGAUUUGUACAUAAAUGCUAAAAUUGUUUUAUUCAGCAGUUAGAAGUUUAACUUAACAGUUGUUAAGAGUUGUAUUGGUUGCCUAAGUAUAACAGAAACUCACAAAUGAAGCUAACUAAAAUUAAUUCCAUUAUGUACAAAGUGAUUUGUCCUGUAGAACUACCGACGAGAACAGUUUGCUCUGGUGCCAUUUUAUAUACUUAAAAAAGAAUAUUUUUUGAUUAUGUAUUUUACCUUGUUGUAUAAACCAUGUAAUGAAUAUAAAUAAUACUAUAAUGUAA